CUUUAAUUGAAUAAUUAAAUUAUGAAUCAAGCUCCAGUGAUUUAAGUAAAUUCCCCUAUCACAUCAUUUGUUAGUCCAGGUUUUAAAGUAAGAAAAUAUCAAAUAAUAUUAGGUGUUGAAUUAAAACGAAAAACAAUAUGCCUAUCAUUUUGCAAGAGCCUCUUGGGAAGGUGCAAAAAUCUGUUACUUCUAGAGGUCUUAUGAGGCACCAGGCUUGUUUUACAUUUUUUAUAAGAUCUUUUCAACUGAAAAGCCUUAAGCUGUGACAUAGCGUUUAUUAUAGAAUGGAUGGAGUGAAGAAGAAGUUUAAUAAUUAUUUGUUUAUGUUGCUGCCGUAUUCUAAAAUUCUGGAAACUAUAAAAGCUUUGGAGAUUCGAAAUUCGUACCUGAAAUAUCUGAAGAAAAAUUUGAAUAAUUUAUUACUACAUCCCUUGGAUAUUAAGCAGAUCAAGUUUGGGAAAGUAUUCGCAAAUAUAUUUACAACUACGAUAAACCUUAUGGUCUGAUUGAUUUAUAAGAAAAGAAUGGUUCUAAUUCUUAUUAUAGUACUAAUUUAAGUGGUGAGUUAUUAGAGGCUGUUGAUAAAUUCUUAAUAGAAUAAGGAAUUUCUGAAUUAAACACAAGAGUGGUUAAAGUUGGAGAAGAUAUUCAUGUGUUAGUAGCUUCAGUCAAUGAAGGUUAGAAGGAUUUAGGAGAAGUACAUAAUCAUAAAGUUAAAUUGAUUUAUGGUGAUUUCGCUCCUUUUCUUAAUAGUGUUGUGACUCAUUUGACAGCAGCUCUUUAAUAUGCAUCAAAUGAUAAUCAAAGGAAUAUGAUUUAAGCCUAUAUUGAGCAUUUCAAAAGCGGAGAUGUUGAAUUACACAAAUAAUCUUAAAGACAUUGGAUCAAAGAUAAAGGACCUGUCAUUGAAACAAACAUUGGAUUUAUAGAAACUUAUUUAGAUCCACUUAAGGUUCGAGCUGAAUGGGAAGGCUUUGUGGCUGUUGUUAAUAAAGAAGAAAGUGCUCUUUUGAAUGAAUUAGUCAAUAAAGCCGAAGAAAUUAUUAAGUGUCUACCUUGGCCAAAAGAAUUUGAAGUUGAUGUCUAUAAAAGACCUGAUUUCACUUCAUUAGAAGUUCUAGCCUUUGCUAGUUCAGGGACACCAUUAGGUAUCAAUAUACCUAAUUAUGAUGAUAUCAGAUAAACUGAAGGGUUUAAGAAUGUUAAUCUUGGUAAUACAAUUGGAAAAUUAGCGAAAUAAUCAAUCAAAUUUUUAGAUGAAGCAGAUUAAGAAAUAUUUUAUAAAUAUUAAUCAGAAGCUAUAUUCUUAGUUGUUGCACUCCAUGAAUUAAUUGGUCAUGGUGCUGGUAAAGUUUUUAUGAAAGAUAAGGAUGGAAAUUUAAAUUUUAAUCUUGAAAAUACAAUUAAUCCAUUAACAAAUCAAAAGGUUGAUUCAUUUUACAAUCAUGGUGAAUAAUGGCAUUCAAAAUUUGGUGAAUUCUCAGGAGCUAUGGAAGAAUGUAAAGCUGAUGCUACUGCUUUAUAUUUAUCUACUUAUGAUGAUGUAGUAAAAUUGUUAUUACCAAAUUAAUCAGAAGAAGAAAGAAGAAACACUGUUUUCGCAGGAUGGCUAUUUGUUAUUCAUAGAGCUGUACAAGGUUUAGAAUUUUAUAAUCCAGAAUAAAAGAAAUGGGGUUAAGCACAUGUCUUAGCAAGAAAUGUCAUCCUAUAAUCUCUUAUUAGAGAAGAUCCAGAUAUUAUCAAAAUCACAGAAACUUAAUUAAAUGAUAAACCUUAUUUGCUUUUCAAAUUUGAUUAAUCUAAAUUACAUACUACAGGUAAGAAAGCUAUUUCUAAUUUAAUUUUACAUUUACAAGUAUUCAAAUCUAUUGGAGCUGGAAAUGAAGGUGUUAAAUUCUUUAGUGAUUUGGCUGCUGUUAGUGACUUAUUCCUUAAUUAUAGAAAUAUUGUUAUUUAAAAUAAAUUUCCAAGAAGAUUAGAAUUAUAACCAAAUUUGAUUUUAGAUGAUGGAUAGGUUAAUCUUAAGGAAUAUGAAUCUACAUUUGCUGGAAUUAUAGAAUCACAUGUGGAUCAUCACUUAGAGAAUAUAGAAUCUACAAAAGACUUAUUUUUAAAUGUAUAAAAGUUAUUUUAGAAUUGA